AUGUGUGAUAUUUCUGUAGCUUUCACUUGCUAUUUAGUAAUCGGUUUUCACAUUGGAUUAUCUCCUUACACCGCCAACGGAGAAAAUACCAUUGGGAAUGAAGUUAGCGGUAUCAGGGCCUUCCAACAAGGUGAUUUUAUUCUUGGAGGAUUCUUUGACGUUUUAAAUGACUAUGAUGCAAAAACUGGACAUUGCUCUAAGAUAAAUGCCCAAAAUGUUCAACAAGUGCAAGCUAUGAUAUAUGCUAUCAAAAUGAUUAAUGAAGAUUCAACGCUAUUGCCAAAGGUAACUUUUGGAUAUGAUAUUAGGGAUACGUGUAGAUCAUCGCAAUUAGCUCUGAGAUAUGCCAUGAACUACGUAAAGCAUAAUCGUGAUCUAGAGCUGAAUUCAUCUAAUACUGCCAAUUUUGUGCAUGGACGAAUUGCUGCUGUUAUCGGUGCUGCAAGUAGUAAGGAAUCAAUAGCUGUAGCAACGAUGCUUAGCAAUUUUGAAUUAUUGCAAAUAAGUUAUAGCGCUAGCAGUCGUCGAUUAAGUAAUGUGGCAGAAUACAAGUCAUUUUUCCGAACCGUCCCAUCAGAUGAUUACGAGGCUGAUGCAAUUGUACAAAUUAUUAGACAAUUUCGGUGGAAUUAUGUUGGAAUCGUGAUUGUAGAUGAUGCUUUUGGUGAAGCAAUGGGUAAUACACUACUACGAUCAACAACUAGUCUAGGAGUAUGCAUACCGAUUUUUGCAAAGUUUCAAAUCUAUCGUAAACAGCAAGAUAUGAUUACAAUUAUUCAGCGAUUAAUUGCUAAACAAAAUGUUCAAGCUAUAGUUUUAAUAUGUGAUCCAGUGGAUGCAUUGUCUUUUUUUCGCCAGGCUGAACGACUAGGAUUAACUGAUAGAAAUUUUAUAGCCGUCUCUGGCUGGUCAAAUAGCCCAUUAGUCAGGCGCUUUCCAACUAGUGUAGUUAGUGGAAGCCUCGGAGUGAUGCUUCCUGAUCAUAAUAUAGAAAAAUUUAUGCAGUAUUUAAAGACGUUAAAUUUUUGUAAUAAUCAGGCUAAUCCUUGGUUUCAAAAGAUAUUUAAAGAAUCAUACAAUGGUAAUGAUUGUAACCUGCCUAAUGAGGCUACAAAUCCAGCAACAAAUGAUUUUUAUGCUAAUGGUGUCUAUGUUGGUUAUAUUAUUGACGCGAUUUAUACUGUUGCGCAUGCAUUACAUACUAUGUUAAACUGUAAACCUGGCGCUAGCUGUUCUGUGAUGGAUAAUGUUAAUGCUGCGAAGCACAUUAAUCUAAAGGAAUUACAUAAAUUUGUUUAUAAUGUUAGCUUUAAUGGGAUUACAGCACAUCCAGUACGUUUUGACAAGACUGGAGAUGGCCCAGGUAUUUAUAAAUACUGCAAUUUACAGAUUGACCCUAGUAGUAAAAUCCUGCAGACGGUAGUUGUUGGAAGCUACUCAGCGACGGAGAUUGCUACAAAUUCUUCUAAGUUCUAUCUACAAACCAAUGAGAUUAUUUGGCAUUCAGGGGCGAUUUUACCACCAGAAUCACAAUGUAGUGCAGAUUGUCCGCCUGGUACUUAUCGAAUUUUUAGUAUUGCAGAAAGAUGCUGCUGGACCUGUCCGCCAUGCCCAACGCAUCAUUAUUCCAAUUAUACAAAUACCGUUCACUGCCAUGAUUGCUUACGUGGUUGGACAGCAAAUUCUAAUGCUACAGGUUGCUUAGCGGUCUUUAGAAGGCAUUUAAGAAUAACCGAUGGGCCAGCUCUAUUAGUUGUCAUUAUUGCAAGCAUUUUUGUUAGCUUGACAUUAACGACUUGCUUUCUGGUUCAUAGGAGAAGAAAAAAUAUCUUGAUUACCGAAUCUAGCUACUUACUUAAUAUGUUGUUGCUAAUUGGCUUAUUAAGUAAUUAUGUAUUACCCAUCCUGCUAUUAAUACCGAUUACUCCUUUGAUCUGUACACUCUCUUUUAUUGCAUUUAGUUUCUGUACAACCCUUGUUCUCCUUGUUCUUUUAAUGAAAAUUGCAAAUCUUAACAGAAUUCAAGACGAACGAUCACCCGGAGAAAAUACUAGCUCCAUAAUAAGCAACAUUGUUAUUCAGUUGGCUGUAUUAAUACUUACUCUCAUGUUUCUAGGUAUUGAUGACGUUACCUCCAAAAAGGUGGUUUAUUUAUAUUGUAAGACCAACAAUAACGCCAUUGCUGUGUAUGCGUAUGCUCAAUUUGGAUUAUUGAAUAUUCUAUGUAUUUAUCGUGCAUUCAAAGCUCGAAGUGUACCUAUUGCUUGCUACGAAAGUCGCUAUAUACUUCUUGCUAGUAUUUUAUCAUUGGGUCUUUUUUCAUUUGCGGCACCGGCAUAUUUCUAUGCAACCGGUAUAUCCAAAUUUGGACUCAGUGCAAUUGGUGCCGUGGCUUUUCCGGCUUUAAUAUUCUUAUGCUUAUUUGUAAGAAAGAUAAUAGCUAUCUUAUUUCCAGAGUGUUCUUCAAAGUAA